AUGGCUGUCAGUGUCUCCAAAAAAUAUCCACUGGGCUCUCCUCAAGAGCACAUUGUAAUGUGUGAAUCUCAUGAUUUACCUAUUGAUGUUAUAUGUGAGGAAUGUGAGGAAUUUAUUUGUGGUGAUUGUGCAAAAACGAAUCAUAGAGAUCAUAACUGGAAAACUCUAUCCACGGCAGCUACCCAAAGGAGAAGAAAUCUGCUUAAAUUUCUAAGAACGAUCAAGGAAGAGGAUCUUUCUGGGAUUGAAGAGAAGAAUGAGAAGGUGACAAAACAGAUCGCAGAAAAUAUAGCACUUUGUGACUACGAGAUAAAAAAACUACAGAAGCAUGUUGAUGAGAUAAUGGCAAGGUUGACAGAAAUCAAAAAGUUCCAUAAGAAAACAUUGAGAGACAAUCUAGUUAAAAAAAAUGAGCAACUGAACCAUGUGAAAUCUGAGUUAGAAAAGAAGAAGAGAGGAAUAGUUGACACAGUAGAAUUCAUGGAGGAUAACAACAGCACCAUGUCAGAUUACAGCUUGAUCGACAACCACAGAGAACUGACAAAAAUGUUGUCUGAAUUGGAUGUUGAUGUGAGGAACUGUGAACAUUCAAUGAGGUUCAAUAAAGGUGAAAUCAAAGAUGAUUUACUUGAGCUGACGUUAGGAAAAACUAUGGAUUUAGAUGAAAUUGGCUUAACUCAAAUAAACUCAUUUCAGACUGGAGAUAAAAUAAUUUUCUUGCUGGAGGCAUUCAGUGAAGAAAAAUGUUACAUAUCAGAAAUUGAAUCAGAAUAUACAGGAAAAAUUAACAAAGAAGGAGCAAAAGAACAGAAAUUUAGUAUCAGUCCUAAUGACAUGUGUGUGACUGAUAACAGUGAUGUUUAUUUUACUGAUUGUGUAAAGAAAUCCAUCAACUGUCUGUCACCAUCAGGAUCUGUCUCUACAGUCAUCUGUACAGUUCAACUGGUAUCUAUAGGAAUCUGUCAGUCAGUGGACGGUGGACUGCUGGUCACUUUGAUGGAUGGGGAAUCAGGUCUUCACAAAUUAGACUCACGCAGCAGACGUCUGGUGAGACACAUCACAAUGACAGGUGAUGUCAUCCAUGAGUAUGAGUACAAGGAGGACGGUCACACCAGACUGUUUAAAUGGCCACAGAGAAUCACACAGAACAGUAACAGUGAUAUCUGUGUUGCAAACAUUACAGGUGACACUACAGGUGAACUAGUGAUUCUGUCUCCCUCUGGUCGUAUGAAGUCUGUCUACCGUGGACAGAACCUGACAAAGAACUUUAAUCCAACUGAUGUAGUGUGUGACUUCCUGUAUAACAUCCUUGUUACUGACUAUUACAACAGACAGAUCCACCUGCUGAGUCCUGACGGGGAGUUCCUGAAAUUCUUACUGACAGACAAUGAAGUGAACAGUCCAUUCUCAGUGUCUUUAUACAAGUCUAUACUGUGGGUGGGAUACGGGGAAGGUCUUGUCUCAGUGUUUCAAUACAGAGUGUAA